CUUGCUAUUUAAAUCCUACUCAUGAUGUCGACUAUUAUAUUAUUACACUUUGUUAUAUUUAACGCACUCAUUUCCUCCACAAGAACUGUGGAUGUCAAAAUAAUAAAAUCCUAUAUGGAAUUGAAAUCUCUCAACUAUGCAACUAUAAUUGGGUGUUUCGAUAAAAAAGAUAUGCUCAACAUAGCUAAAAUGUUCGAAAAUGUCUGUCACCUUCAACUCAUAACUGCAGAAUCUGAAAAAUUCGAAUUGGCGUUACCGAACAGAUUUCAUGGUGGUAUCAUUUUAUUUGUCGAUUGCGAAAAUAUUCAGGAAUUUCUUAAAAGGUGUGGUGAAGCGAACAUGUAUGGUCUCAAACAUCAUUGGUUGAUCAUUGCCAGGGGUAAAUCAAACAUAAUGAGUAUGUUGAAAGGUACACCACUCACAUUGGAUAGUGAUGUUUAUACCUUAAUACCGAAAUUUGAUCAAGAAAAUGAAUAUUUCGACGUUAUAGAUGUAUAUAAUCCUGGUUUCUAUAAUGGUGGUGAAUUCAGGAAGAAAAUAAUCGGGAAAUACAAUGAUAAAAAUGGUUUUCAACUCAUUCCUAUUGGACUGAAAUAUACAAAUAGAAGGAACAUGUCUGAAGUUAAAUUAAGAGCAACAAUAACGUUACCAGUUAAUUUUUCAUUACCGUUAUCUGAAUACUUGGUGUAUGACGCACAGAGAGAAAUCAACACUUUCAACAGAUUUCAUUGCAAAUUGAUAUUUUUUUGCCAAGAUUACUAUAACUUUUCUAUGGAAAAUAUUCAAGUAACAGAGUCUUGGGGUUACUUAUUACCUAACAACUCAUUCGAUGGCCUAGUAGGACAAUUGGAGAGAAACCAAACAGAUAUAUCACUCUCAUGUUUAUUUUUCAGAUCAGAUAGAUUGGAGAAGAUAGACUUUGGAACGAGGACAUGGAUAAUGAAGGUUGCUUUCAUUUUUAGAAAUCCCAAGGUACCAGCAUCUUUCACAGUUUUCUUGAAACCUCUUUCAUCCUCUAUCUGGUUAACAACUUUGAUAAUUUUUGCGAUUUCUAUAUUGCUUUAUAAAUUCAUAAAUGAAUCUGAAAACAAAAUUGCGAAAAAUGGAUCUAUAGCUUCAUGGAGCGAAUUGCUCCUUUUCAUUUUUGGUACUUUUUGCCAACAAGGGACAACACUAAAUUCCAAUUUUCUUUGUGGCCGUAUUGUUAUACUCUUCGCUUUCGUGCUGUCUCUUCUGAUUUACCAAUUCUAUUCAGCAAGUAUUGUGUCGAUAUUACUCAUGAAACCUCCAACACCAAUAAAAACUCCGGAAGAUUUACUGAAUUCCCAAAUGGAGUGUAGAUCCGAAAAUAUUCUUUACAAUAUAGACUACUUCAAAAGGGCAAUUGACAAGAUUUCAUCGGAUAUAUUUAGACACAAGCUGAAAGGAGAUGAGGGUUUUGACUAUUUCCUCUCACCACAAGAAGGUUUGAAACUUGUUUCCAGAGGAGGCUACGCUUUCAAUGUGGAAUUAGCGACAGCCUAUCCAAUAAUAGAUAAGACAUUUCAAGAAGAUAUUAUUUGUGAACUGAAAGAAGUUCAAUUGAUGAGAGCACUGCAAAUGUUCAGUUCUUUCCAGAAAGGUUCUUCAUUCAGGAAAAGUAUAAGCGUAAGAUUACAACGGCUUGCAGAAGUUGGAAUACUAGAUCGAGAAAAAAAACACUGGCUACCACGAAAACCAGUUUGCUUGAAUAAGUUGAAUUCUUCUAAAUUUACUGUUGGACUGAGGGAUUUGUAUCCAGCCUUCGUAAUGCUGUCAGUUGGAUUGGUUACCACGUAUAUCAUCUAUCUAAUAGAAAAAGGAUUUGAAAAAUAUAUUUUUAUAUCUUCGGAGAGCGAAUAUCCUUUUGCUAAUUGAAUGAAAUAAGUAGACAA